AUGACGAGUCCACUGACCAUCCCCACGCUCCUGCUUAAAACGCGGUCUCACCCACAUGAUGCUUACGAGGAAUACUUCGCCGCCUCCUGCAGCAACGGCGGCGGUGGCGAUGCUACGGCCUCCACCACCAAGAACACGGAUAGUCCUAGUCCCGUCUUCCUGCCCGAGUUCGUGCCCGUGCUAGACCAUCGAGCCAACACCCAGAAUCUGAGCACACUCGAGGACCUGCUGAAGAGGGGGAGGCUGAGUGCGCAAUAUGGUGGGAUGGUCUUCACUAGUCAGAGGGCGGUCGAGGCGUGGGCCGACGUGGUCAAGAGAGUCGAGCGAGGGGCCGAGCAACAGGGGGGCACGGACGGUGUUGGACAAGGAGGAGUGAGUGCGUACACUCCGGAUUUGGACACUGGAGUGACGCAGACGUCCGAUCCCACAGCAGACCAUGGCGGUGCUGCGAGGGAUCUCUUCGACGAUGACUUUGCGUUCCCCCUGUACACCGUUGGACCUGCCACCUCGCGGGCAUUAAACGCCCUCGUCGCCGAAUCUUCGUCCUCAAAGUCUUCGCCCUUCUCUCGCCUGCGGCCUUCCGUGCUGGGCGAAUCCACAGGCAACGGUGACAAACUAGCACAAUACAUCCUCUCGCACUACAACGCCCUGCAUUCGCGGAAAAUGUAUACCUUCUACGACGCGCCGCGACUGCCAUUCGCGCCCCUUCUCGGGCCGGCGAGGGGAGAACGGGUCGACAGAGAUGACGCGAGACUGCAAAAGAAGCCUUUGCUCUUCCUUGUCGGUGAACAGAGAAGGGAUGUCAUACCGAAGACUCUGAUGGAUCACGAAGGUAAGUUGGCGCCGGAGGAGAGGAUCCAGGUGGACGAGGUCGAAGUCUACACCACCGUGGUCAUGGAAUCUUUUCAAGAUGACUUUCGAAGGCGGAUCAAGUCGUUCAAGGACGACGGGGUCAAUGUGGCCGUGGUGGUCGUCUUUAGUCCUCAGGGUUGCGAAUCCAUGCUUCAAUCCCUAGACUAUAUCGAUGAAAGCAAAGCGUUGACCGAACGUGCGAGGACAACAAGGUGGGAGAACUUCAGAAAAAACGAUGGCGAUGUAUCUGCAUCAGACGCGCAGACCAGGUACAUCAUUGUGACCAUCGGUCCUACGACGCGCGACCAUCUCAGAAACAAGUAUAGCUUCGACCCUGACGUGUGUGCUGCCAAACCGAGCCCCGAAGGCGUAGGUCAGGGCCUCGUUCAGUUCUUCAGGGAGAAAGAGUUGAGAUAG